AUGGCAUCCCUCUCCCCUGCUGAGCGGGACUACAUCAUCUCCGGCCUACUCUCCGACCCGGCGCUGCGUGUCGACGGCCGCAGUCUCCUCUCACCCCGCCCCAUCGAGACGGAAUAUGGCGUGAUGCCAGCCGCGAAUGGGAGUGCGCGCGUGCGUGUUGGCGGCACAGAGGCUGUUGCCGGGAUCAAGCUCGAUGUCGGCGAGGUGUCCAAGGGCUCUUUUGAGGGGGGUCCGGGAUGGAGGGCAAAGGUCGAGGUGGAUAUCACACCACAAGCCCUUCCCUCCACAGACCCAAAGACGUUGCAAACCCUCUCGGCAUCCUACGCCGCCCUCCUCGCGGAACACUUCGUACCCUCCGUCUCUCCUCUCAAGAUCACCGAGACGCGUGCCUUCAUCCCCUCCCUCCAUAUUGCGCUGCUCUCAUGCGACGGCGCCAUCGCUUCUGCACUAACCCUUGCUGCGCGCGGUGCUUUUGCCGACCUCCAAGUUCCCGUUACCAAGGUGGUGGGCAUGGAGGAGGAGGACGCCGAGACGCAAGCGGAUUUGGCGGGGAUCAAGGGCGCAAUCGCCGCUGGACGGGCGGGGAAGGGUAAAGGCCGCGCUCGGGCUCGUGGUGGUGACGACUGGGAUAUUGAAGGGGACUCUGCGCCGCUCGAGGGAAGGGAGGAGUUGCCCGUCCUAGUUACGCUUAAUCUCGUUGGGGAGAAGGAAUUCGUUGACGCCUCUCUGCGCGAGGAGGCUGCGUGUCCCGCGCGCGUGCAUGUUUUCGUGCGACCGGGCGGGCGGAUAGCGGGUAUCCGGAUGGAAGGUGAUGGUGGGAUCGCGACGGAGCGUAUCCGGCCGCUCCUGGAGGAAGCACGCCGGAUCGGCCUCGAGCUCGCCGAGGCGCUCAACGCCGACCUACCAUAG